AUGGCCUUUGUAGGGGACGCUCAAGCAAUCGGAUUUCGUCGGGCGCCCUUUCUAUUGAGGAAAGAAUGGAGGUGUCGGGGUGGAACAAAGGAGAAAGAAUCGACACAGCUCUCUAUCGAUGGUAUUCGGCUAUCGAUCCAAAGAGGAAUCCAGGACCGUUCUCCAGUGUUGCCAGCGGCGAGAUCAAAAGAUCACAUCCAGGAUAAAAAAAUACAUUCCUUGCCGAAUCUGACGGUGCUUAGCUUGUCCGGCUGCAGUAAGGUGACUGAUGAAGGAGUGGAGCUAAUCGCCGAGAACCUCCAGAAGUUGAGGAGUCUGGACCUGUCUUGGUGCUCCAGGAUCACGGAUUCAGCCCUGGAGUACAUCGCCUGCGACCUCAACAUGCUGGAGGAACUUACCUUGGACAGGUGUGUUCACAUCACAGAUAUCGGCAUAGGAUACAUAUCAACAAUGCUGUCUCUGUCAGCAUUAUUUUUGCGAUGGUGUACACAGAUCAGGGAUUUCGGAAUACAGCAUCUCUGUGGAAUGAGAAAUCUCCAAAUACUCUCCCUUGCAGGUUGUCCAUUGUUGACUUCAAGUGGCUUAUCCAGCCUGAUUCAACUUCGCCAUUUACAAGAACUGGAAUUAACAAACUGCGCAGGAGCUUCUCGAGAACUGUUUGACUAUCUUCGAGAACACCUCCCUCGUUGCCUCGUAAUUGAGUAACCUCUGCUACUGAUUGAUUUCAUUACCUUAUCAUAUAAUUUAUUGAUAUGAGAUGAAAGAAACAGUUUCAUCUCUAUAUAUAAAUAUAUAUUCCAUUUAUUGCUAAAUGAAUGGAGUUAUUUCCUUGUGAAUAUUUUGUUUCAAAUUCUCUACUUUUUUGUAGAUGUUUCUGAGUUAGUCUGUAGUGUUAUUCUUAUAUCAAUUAAAAAAAAAAAAAAAAAAAGGUAAUUUCCCAGUUCAUAAGCAACUUACUUAAUAUUGUUCCUAAGCAUUUAAUGAAAUGAGAAGGCAAAAAAGACCAUUACCUAGCAAUUUUUUUGGUUAGGGAUUUUUUUUUCAAGAGUGUGAUUUCACAAGAUAUAUACCUCAUUCGUGAAUGUUUCUCUUGUAAUGCUAAGUGGAACAAAACAUUUGUCUAUAUGUACAUAGUUAUGCUCGUAACUUUUCUUGGAAUUCCAAGUGUAUACAGUACAGAGUAUUUUAAUGCUCAAACAGCUGUAAUGAUUGGCUAAAUCAUUAAUUUAUAAGUAAUUAAUCCUAUUCCGUUAUCAAUAAUUGGCUUAUUUUAUUCUUUAUCAUUAAUGUAAGAAAUUCCAUAUAUUAGAUUAGAUAAAAUUAUCAUUCUAAAACCAUUAUAUAAUAAUUAUUUAGAUGCAAUGCUUGAAAUUUUGAAGAAAAAAAAUUGAGCUUCUUCUUUUAAGUGUAUUUUUUUAUAUAUUAUCCUCUGUAAAUAAACUUCCAGCGAUAAACACAAAUUUAUAUUUUUAAUUUAUUUUUACC